GAAGGCAAUGAUCUGUUAAUGCCUGUCUUUGCGAAGAUUCCGUUUCCAAUAGCACCGUAGUCAAUUACCCCAUAGUGUACAGUAUCAAAACUGAAUAACCAAGCUUAACUGCUUGGAGAAACUUACUAAUGAAGUGUACAUGUAUGUAUGUUCUCAACCUAUAUGAAUUUUAUAAUGUGAACUACGAUAGAGUAAGUACAUACAUAUACAUAUAUGUAUAUAUGUAUAUAUAAUAUUAUGUAUAUCACAGUUCGUAUUACUACUGACUAUGUCUGCUUGAAGUGUGCCACAUACGUAUGUAUAUGAGUUAGUACGUCUUAAAUUAUGUUUACAGCUCAGAGUCUACUACAUACAUACAUAUAGGAAAUCAUUGUUUCUAAAGGACAUAAUUCAUGACCACGUUUAAACAAUCCAUGAAAUACAACGUAAAGCGAUUUGGUGCAUUAGUUAAGUAAAAUUUUACUAGUCGACUUGAAGUAAACUUAAGAUUUAUUUUUAAAAAAUUUACAAUCCACAAUAAAAAUAAUUUCAAUAACAACAAAAUAAAAGCCAUUAACUAAAAUAUUCACGAGGUAAAUAUCAUCAAGUGUACAUUUGUUUACGAUUAAGUGGGUGUUGAAUGAGAUGAGGAAGUAUGUAUGAAAGCCGCUUUUUCACUGCAUUUAUGUAUGUGUAUACUAAGCAUGCAUUCACAAGCCCUACGACUAAGGAUACUUAUUAUUUGUACGUAGAUCCAAAUUAAUAUACACAAUAUAUGAACAUAUAGAUAUUAUUAAAGGCGAAUUGCGAUUUUGACAAAUUUGACAAAUGUUGCUCCGAAGUUGUAUAACAGAUGCCAUUGCUAGGCAACAAAAUUGACCACAACAAUUUCUCUGACCAGUGUCCCUCAAGUAUUGGUGGGUCGUCAUCCAAAAACCAGUCCAGGUAGCGGUGGAUGGACAUGUACAUACAAGCUUCGGAUUGCACAUAAAAAUGAAAAAAAUUAAAGCUAAGGCCAGUUCUUUGCCGAUUUUUAAUGGGCGUAUAUCAGAUUCCUCAGCAUCAAGUAAUUCUUCCAUGAAUGCAUUUGCAUCAAGGUCAAAACAGCGGGCUACAUUUAAUGGAGUCACGCCGCAAAAAAUCUUCACCAUAUCGAACUCCUCAUCUUCGGUAUCAGCAUUAUUGAGAGAUGAAACUUUAAAUAAAAACGGAGGAACACAAAUUUGUAAUACAUCGAUAACCGGUCUCAUGCCCAAGGCACUUGAUUCUUCAAGUAUAAAUCGGAUUAGACUGAGCAAUUAUGAAAAAAUUAAGGUGGUCGGACAAGGCUCGUUUGGAGUGGCGAUAUUAUAUCGACGCAAAUUUGAUAAUCAUCAUAUUGUUUUCAAACAAAUAAAUUUAGCAGAGCUGACGCCAUCCGAAAGAGACUUGGCUAUGAACGAAGUUGAAGUCUUCUCUAAACUCCACCAUCCGAAUAUAAUUAGUUAUUUGGGUAGCUUCAUUAGAGACAACACCCUGCUAAUUGAAAUGGAAUACGCUGAUGGGGGCACCCUGGCUCAAGUUAUAGCGGACCGUCUGAUGAAAGAUUACUUUUCUGAAAGGUAUAUCGUUGCAGUUUUCGAGCAGAUUUCAAGCGCCAUAAAUUAUAUGCAUUCUGAAAAUAUUUUACAUCGAGAUUUGAAAACUGCAAAUGUGUUUUUGAACAAACGAGGAAUUGUAAAGAUCGGAGACUUUGGCAUAUCAAAAAUAAUGAAUACAAAAGUGUUGGCACAAACCGUGUUAGGAACGCCAUAUUACUUCAGCCCGGAGAUGUGCGAGGGCAAGGAGUAUGACCAUAAGAGCGAUAUAUGGGCAUUAGGUUGUAUACUUGGUGAAAUGUGUUGCCUAAAGAAAAGUUUUGCGGCCUCAAAUCUUUCGCAAUUGGUGUCCAAAAUAAUGGCGGGUAAUUAUACUACUAUACCCCCGGGCUAUUCUUCGGGCUUACGCAGUCUCCUAGGCAAUCUUUUGCAAGUGGAUGCUUCACUUCGUCCAAAUGCCUCUGAGAUUUUGGAGUAUUGGAUUCCGCUUAUAUUUAGAAAUUUGGGAAAAAAUAAAGGAUAUUCUUAUAAUGAUGACAUACUUGCAAUGAAUCCCAUUUCAAAUAUCACUUCUGAAGUACAAUUAGCUAAAGAGAGUGUAGAGCUCAGUUUUUGUGGGGAGGCAGGGAAUUCUAAGCAAGCAUUGACAGAGUUCCCAACCGGCCGCACCGAAAGGGAAGUAAUGAAUGCGGAAACUGCCAUACCGAAUGAAAUAAUUUUUAAGCGGUCAGUAUUAUACCAAUUGAAGGCAUUUGGCAACAGCUUCGGCAUGAAUCCUAUACAGUUACCUCCCAAAGCUCGCAUACGCUCAGUGGCUGCUAGUGACUCACAUUUUGUGGUUGUUAAUGAUGAUGGUUCGGUUUAUGCGUGGGGGGAGGGCAUACACGGCCAACUCGGUUCAUCAUCGCUUGAAGGUUGGAAACAUUAUCCCAGUAGAAUGGAAAGCAUUCGGAGCCACCAUAUUAUAAGCGCAUGCGUUGGCGAUGGCUUCAGUAUUCUCUUAACACAAUCGGGUACUGUUCUCAGUUGUGGCGAUAAUUCAAAAUACUCGUUGGGACAUGUCGAAAACAAAAUAUAUCAUACUCCAAAAAGUGUAAUAAAGCUACAAGAUAUACAAAUAGAGAAAAUAGCGGCCGGAACUGAACAUGUGCUUGCUUUGAGCGCCGAUGGUUCGAUCUACGUUUGGGGUACCAGCGCGCAUGGUGCUCUUGGGUUGGGUAAAUUUCAAACACAGCAAAAAACUCCACAAAAAGUUCUACUGCCACAUAUGAAUGGAAAGGCUGAGAAAAUAUUUUGCGGUCCAAAUAUUUCGGCAGUUCUUUUUAAAAACGGAGACUUGUAUGCCUGUGGCUGCAACAAAUACAGGAAGUUGGGGUUUAAAAAAAGCAACAUAACAGCAUUCAAAAAACUAGAACUGCCCCAUAAAAUCCUUACGGCGAGCUUUUCUUCAGUCCAUACCAUUUUAUUAACGGAAAACGGUAGAGUCUACACAAUGGGCCGCAACUCAGAAGGACAACUGGGAGUAGGACAUACCAAUAGUGUUGAGGAGCCAACAUUGGUGAAAUUCAUUGCACACCGUACAAUUAUAAAUUGCAAAUGCAAUGAUCAAGGUACAAUAGUUACCUCUAAGGAUAAUUUUAUAACUUUUUGGGGCACAAGAAAUGGUAUACCGGGCUUUGGAGAAAGUAACAUUAAUAAGUUGCAAGGACAUAACCAAAACUGUACCAAUUCUGAUAUCAACAACAGCACUGUGGCUUUUACAAAUUUCCUUGCCUCGAUUUAUAAAUCUGAGCUACUUUUGAAACCCGUGGACCUUUUGUCUUUGUAUGCAUCUAAGGAGCAACGCGAAAAAGGCUACAAUAUCGAAGUAAGCAAUAUAUAUCUACUGCCGCACAGUGUUUUAGUAUUGGUGGACACAACUACACCGUUGGUAUCCUCUAUGGAAGAGUUACAGUAGUGCAUGAUUAAUGAAACAACAAUAAUUUGAUUACAUUUUACAUUAAUGUAAUUCCUUUUAAUUUUAAUCCAAAUUCACUUAAAUAUAUAAAUAUUCAAUUAAAUAUAAGUGACAAAUGUAUAACAUAUUUUUGAAAUAUGAGAAAACUAAGCAUUACAAAUUAUGAUCAAAAGGCAUUACAAAAUUAUGUUCAAACAUAUGGUCAAGCAUUUUUUCAAUAAUUAUAUUCAUAUUGGUGUUGAAUCUAACA